CAUUUCCAAGCACAAUGAAAACAACACUCAAAGAAUUCGAAAGCGUGUGGCCGCGCAUCCUCGCUGAUGUGCAGGACCACUGCAAGCAGUACAACCUGCCCCAGCAGUCUUUUGAUUGGUUUGUAAAGUCGCUCAACUACAACACAGUCGGUGGAAAAUGCAACCGUGGAAUGUCGGUCGUCGACACGACGGCACUCAUCCAGAACAAGACGCUUGAUCCAGCAUCUGAAGAGUACUUCCGUGCUGCUCUCCUGGGAUGGAUGAUUGAGCUUCUCCAGGCCUUCUUCCUCGUCUCGGACGACAUCAUGGACGGUUCCAAGACGCGCCGUGGAAGCCCCUGCUGGUACCUCAUGCCCAAGGUUGGCAUGCUCGCCAUCAACGAUUCCUUCAUGCUCGAGGCUUCCAUCUACAUUCUACUCAAGAAGCAUUUCCGUCAGGACAAGAGCUACGUCGACAUGAUGGAGCUGUUCCAUGAAGUCAGCUUCCAGACCAUGUGUGGUCAGCUUUGCGAUCUUCUGACUGCCCCCGAAGACGAUAUCAACCUGGACAACUUCAGCCUGGAAAAGUUCACCUUCAUCGUCAUCUACAAGACUGCUUACUACUCCUUCUACCUUCCCGUUGCCCUGGCUCUCCACCACACCGGCAACGCAACACCAAAGAACCUGAAAACCGCCGAGGACAUUCUCAUCCCCAUGGGCGAGUAUUUCCAGGCCCAAGACGACUUCCUUGAUGCCUUUGGAGACCCUGCUGUCAUCGGCAAGGUUGGAACCGACAUUGCCGACAACAAGUGCUCGUGGCUCAUCAACCAGGCUCUGAAGAAGGUAAACCCCGAGCAGCGCAAACUGCUCGAGGAAAACUACGGCCGCAAGGACGCCAACAAGGAGGCCAAGGUCAAGGAGCUGUACCACGAGCUGAAGCUCAAGGAAUUCUACGAGCAGUGGGAAGAGGAGCGUGUGGCCGACCUGCGCACAAAGAUUGCCAACAUUGAUGAAAGCGAGGGCCUCAAGAAGGAAAUUUUCGAGGCUUUCCUCCGCAAGAUCUACAAGAGGUCCAAAUAAUUUUAUCAAAAAAACGAGAAACACGGGUACGAGUAAUGAGAUAUUACAUAAUUCACUAUUUUC